GCACUACAGGUCUAUCGCGACCUGCUUUUCACAUUGCGCUUGGAAAAUCUCGGAUUCUCGCACUGGACGCUUGCUACAGUUCUCUCGGGGUCUGCGUUUUGCUGUCUUUGUGAUAUGGCGGUUAUGUCUGAUGCAUCUUCUUUUGUUGAUGACUCAGACGUUUUCCACGCCUGUAUGCGUGCUCGUUAUGGAUCAUUCGACGACUUCAAAAGUGACUUUGAAAAUUUUCAGCGACAAAGUUGCACUGCAUUUUUCAUUUACAAUGCACAAAAUGCUGCCCACUGUCGAAGGAACCGUAAGAAACGUCUACCCAGGGGUUUUCCAUACUACUUCGCGAAAUAUUGCUGUGUCCAUAGACGCCGUAAGGGCGACGCAGGACGGAGAUAUCGUAACUACGAGUGCAGGGCGUACGUGACAGUUCGUAUUGUAAACGGGGCGUAUGAAAUUGUUGGUAGCUGUUUGGAGCACACACACUCCUUCCAGGUUGGAAAAUCAUGGUUGUAUGUGCGCAACCGUCGACUGUCACCGGAGGAAGAAAAGGAAGUACAUGGGCUAAUGGAGUGUGUGAAAAGCACAAUUGGAAUCAGACACUUCGCUUUCGAACGUUUCCAAAAGCAUUUGCACGCGGCCGAUGUGCGCGCAAUCCGUGCACGCUUCAAAAAGUCAGAGCAAAGACGAAACGUCGUGUCAAGUGCAAUUUUAGCUUCAAAAAAAGCGCACAGUUCAUCUGAACUCUCACCGAAACAAGAACUUGUGUGUCCUGUCUGCAAUCGCGAGGAGGAUGACUCGGAUGACCUAGGCGUCUUCUGGCUGCAAUGCCAAUGUUGUGCUUCAUGGUAUCAUCAAGGUUGCGUUGGAUAUAUGAAGGAGGACUUUGUUUGCACCAAAUGCACGCCACUAGUCCGAUUAGUUUGAAAGCUUGCAUGUUGUAACCUACACUUCGAAGGCCAUUGUCUGGACAACCGGUUUUUGAUUACGUUCCUAUUCCUGUCGAGAUCAUUGUUUACGUCGACACAAGUGCAGCUGUUCGGAAAUCAAUUUUUGAGUCACAUCGAAUGGAGCUAAAUGUUGACCUUGUGCUAACGUUGUAUCCUCGUUGUGUGGUUUACCGAAGCAUUCUCACAUAUAUGAGCUGGCUUCACUUUUUGUAGUAGUGUCGCUGUCGUGAUAUGCUUCCUGCUGCACAUUAUAUUCCACUCUACUACAUCAGUUGUACAGAUGAAUGACAUAAUCCUCCCAACUCACGGCAAGUUAUGCCGUCGCUGUCGUUUACUAAGUAGACUGGUCGACGACUGUCGUCUCUUUUGUCGGCGAAGUUAAUUUCGGCAGCGGCCUGCAACAUGCAUUCAUGGCGCAACUUCCAGCGUGUGGCUUCUUAAUUAGCAACCAGAGGUGUGUAUUAAACCACGAAUCGAUUUUAUGUACAUCUACCGCAAAUUCUUCCUCGUUUGAAGUGGCUUUUGUAGUUGUACCAGUUUCUUUACUGCUGCUUCUGUUUUCUAGGUUCUACUCCGGUUGUAAUUAUGUAAUUUCUAACAUCAACUUUUUCAUCUCGAGAUUCUACUUCGC